AGUAAGAGAGACAGAGAAAGAGAGAGAAAGAGAAAAUUGAAUUGUUAGUAGAGUGGGAAUCAGUCGGAUUAUACCAUGAUCGGCAAAGGAAUGGGGCCCCUAAGCCAUAUCCCAACCCAGCAUCCCGCAACAGCUGCUGCCGUGAAGAAGCCCCCCCUUGGGACAAAAAAAUACAGCAUUUUGGAAUUUGUUUGAAAAUAUAGUAACCUAGAAAUUAAUUUAAAUAGUUCUGACAUGAGUUUACUUUGAGGUGUUUUUCUGCAUUUAAAAAAACAAAAACCUGCAGCCCACAGGGAGUGUCCAGGGCAUAACCAAAGGUAUCAGGAUGGAGGUGAAGUGGACCCAACUGGGCAUGGUUUUCUUCCUGCUUCUGUCCAUCGUCAUGACUGGUUGCUUCCUGUGGCAGUACAAGCUUCCCAAGAUUGAGGAGGCUAACAGGUCAUCAGGCAAUGAUAAUGCUGAGCGAAUGUGCCCCCGGUUCCCCGAACCAGCCCCCCUAGAGCACCCCAUCCCCUCUCUCAAGGCGGCGCUUGAGAAGGUGGACAUGCUUCUUCGACACACCAUCCAUGCCACCAGCCUCCCAUCAAUGUCCGCCAUCGUCAUAUAUAAUGACACUGUCCUGUGGACUGGCAAUUUCGGCAAGAGAAAUGGAUCAGACCCGUUCUCUCCCCCGCCUAAUGAAUACACAAUCUACAGGAUCACAAGCUUGUCCAAGAUUUUCCCCACACUCAUGCUGUACCGGCUGUGGGAGGAGGGGAAGGUGACCUCCCUAGACGACCCCCUGGAGAAGUACGUUGAGAACUUCACCAUCAAGAACCCCCUGGGGAAGGCCAAGGACUCGGAGCACAAGUACGUCACUGACGGGCUCAUCUUCCACGACAGUGGGGAGGUGCCCAUCCGGACCUCCUCCGUCACACUGCGCAGGAUGGCAAGCCAGCUCUCCGGUUUACCUAGAAGACUGCGAGCGACCAACCUGCUAUGGAAGGGCAAGACACAGACAGCGAUCAAUCUGCUACAGGAUGAUGUCUUGGUGGCUGAUCCUGGUACAAGGUGUCAUUACAGCAACCUAGCCUUCUCCCUGCUGGCUCAUGUCUUGGCAGAGAAGGUGGUGGGCUCCGACUACCAGCGCUGGAUCUCGGAAAACAUCCUGGACCGGCUUGGGAUGGAGGACACCGGCUUCGACAUCACACCCACCAUCCAGGCCCAGAUGGCAGUGGGCUUCUAUACCAGCGGGAACCCAGCCCCCCUCUAUGAUCUCGGCUGGUACCGCCCCUCGGGGCAGAUGUACUCCACUGUGGCCGACCUGGCCAAGUUAGCUAUGGUCUUCCUGGGUGCCUAUCACCGCAAGCUCCUAGAGCCCGACACCCUAAAGAUCAUGCUUACUCCGCUUUUCCGCUGCGCCAAGGAUUACUUUGCCAACCGGACGGGCACCCCCUGGGAGGCCAACGAACAGCUGGGCUAUGAGGUAGUACGGAAGGACGGCGACUUGGAUGGCUAUUCUGCCACCUUCUCCCUGGUUCCCAGGCUCAAGCUGGGCUUGGUCGUCCUGAUGUCUGGCACCAGACCCCAAGACGAGGAUGUGGUAACCAAGGCUUAUAACUACCUUAUUCCAGCCAUGGAGACAGCUUUCCGAGAAGCCAGUCGAGUGCUGACCCCGCCUCCCAACCCGGUCUCUUAUGCUGGAUACUUCACCUACAGCAACAUCACCUUCUAUGAGAUCAAACCCGGGCCAGGCGGGGUCCUGAUCAUGCAACAGUUUGGUCCACACAUCACGGAUCUGAUCCCAGAAAGGUACAGGACCAUAAAACUCCACUACCUGGAAGACAGGGUCUUCCAAGUGGUCUUUGAGAAAGAAUACCCCUGUGUCUUACGAGUCAGCACUGCCUCUGUCUCUCUGGAAGCUCAGGAUGGGCAGCUAUUUAACUUUUACCCCCUUGACAAGAAGGGUUUGUCUCCUGGAUUUGACGCUCCAGGACUCAACACUUACAACGUGGUCCGGAUUCCCCGCAGACCCACUUUUAACAUUUAAACUAUUCUUUAUGGAAGACAAGAAAGGAGUAAGAGUGGUGGGAUUUUUAGGAACCUGACAUUAAGAAGGAAUUUAUUCUGUUUUCUAUGAACUGCUUGCUUGAUUUUUAGGGUAUAAUGGUGAAUUAAAAUGACACAAUAACUGGGUUGGAAGGUCACACUAAAAAUAUACAUGAGAUUCAUUUUUUCACCCUUAUCAGAUAUCUGUCUUUCUUGUGCAGUUCAACACUGAUAGAGGCUUAAAAAGCCACUUGCCAAGGGUUUAAAGGUUUCCAGUCUUCUCACUACAUUUUAAUUACAUUGCUUCCCUGGUUAAGACACCGUGUGCAUUCUGCAUGGAACUGAAAAGUCAUCUCCUGUUAAUAAUCAGUCAUCUCUGCUUGACAAACAACCGUCUGCAGGUGCAAAAUAAUGUACAGGCCCCCUGCUUAUUGAAAUUCAUUGAAAUUGCUUUGAUAUCAUUUAUAUAUCCAGCACUGUUAGUAAAUGAAGAACUCAUGGUAAUAAGAACACCAUAUGGUUGAAUAAAUCUCAUGAUAAUUUGCUUUAUGAAAAUUCAGGUGAUAAUUCAUUACAAAAAUAUAAUAAGCAUUCACAGACAUGCAGUGAGAAAGGGAAGUUGCAAACAGUUUUUUUUUUUUUUUUUAUUACUGUUUCACACAUAUACAGCGCUGUGCGUCACAAACAGUGUUUUAUAUUCAGCUUCAUGAACUAAGUGCAGAUAGAAGACCCUUGGGUGUAUUUGUCUCAAACAAGAUUCAAAACCUCCUGAAUAUAGCAAAUGGUUUAACCAAGCAGAAGCAAUGUCGCUUAAAACAACACUAACAUUUUGCAUUGUGGAUAUAGUCUGUUUUCCCAUUCUACGAACAUUCUCACAACACCUAUCUAUACAUCGGUAGAUGUGAGCACCACCUAAGGUGGGUUGUCUAUUUGUGAUUUGCACAUGUAGCAUAUACUAAAUUGGUGUUUAUAAUUUGGUUUGUUUUGUGUAUAAUCCUCUGCGCUGUAGGUUAGCCGAUUGAUGAAGGGUUUAGCAAAAAAGGACUAAGAUCCAAGAUCUUGCUGGAUCAAACAAACCUAAUCUAAUAACUGCCCAUACCACAGUAACUCAAUAGUUUAAUGGUUCUCUACCAAGGCUGUACUAUGGUAUACGCCAAUGUCAGAAUGGUACAACAGUGGUAACAUUUUCAUAUUUGAUAUACCAAUAGUGUGGUAUCAACCAAUACAUCGGUGAUCUGUUGCAGUCACUGGAUCAUAUUCGCACCAGUAUGCUACUGUAUUGUGCAGUAGUUGUUCCAAAUCCAUUGUGUUGCCAUUGUUGAUGGUUAUCGUCCAAUGGUCAUGUGAGUAUUUUUUGAAGGCAGCAACAUGAGAAAUAUGCAGAAAUAAAAGGGUUUAUUAAUGUUCAGAAGUAAUUAUAUCCCCAAUCAGGUCAAUUCGAUACUUAAAUACAAAAUUGAAGGGGGAUUGUAGUAAGAAUAGCAGACACAGAGACAGAAGACUGCAGUUCAGCACAGCCCUGCUUUUUUAUUAACACAACACAACAAAACAAAACAAAACAAACAAACAAGAACCAAUUAAAUCAAUGCACCCAAGCAGAGAUAUCACAGAGCAGCAACAGGGAGCACAACCUGUUGCUACCAGUCCUUUCCCUAAACUAAAUGGGCAGGCUACUUUUAUAUACCAAAUGGUCAGGUAAAUCAAUUAAUCAGUCAACACCUAGCCACAUUCUCCAGGGAUGGGAUGUUAACCUUUAUUUAUAACAAAAAAACACUCUUUAAAAGUGCAGGACCUCAGCCCUGCCACACGAAUAAGUUGUAAAUAGCAGAGACGUACCAAACGCAGGUAAUAAUUUAACAGCUGAUUAAUCCCCUAGUUUUCAUUUUAGAUAUCUCUACAGCUCCCUUGAAAACAAUAAGAAAAGCCAGUCAGCUAAUUAAACAUCUCAUGGAUAACAAUCUGAAACAAUACUUAAACUGCUCUGCUCUGGAUUGUGAAUGAUCUCCUGCUUAAUGCUGAUGCUGCUGCUCCCUCUGUGCUUGUCCUCCUUGACCUAACAGCCGCUUUUGACACCAUAGAUCAUAGCAUUCUUCUUGACCGCCUUCAGAAGUAUGCUGGGAUCUCUGGAACCUGUCUCUCCUGGAUGUCCUCUUACCUAUCUGGACGUAUGCAGUCUGUUUUCUAUGCUGGACGCAGUGGUGUCGCAAACUCUUGUGGUGCCCCUCAAGGGUCUGUUCUUGGGCCCCUUUUCUCUUCAACAUCUACAUGCUUCCCUUGGGUCACCUCAUCCGCCAACAGCCUCAUGUUUCACUCAUAUGCUGAUGACACCCAGCUCUACUUAAAACUCGACCCUGGAAGCCCCUCUGCCAUGGUCCUGCUCUCGGCUUAAAUUCAAGACAUCAAGGCCUGGCCUGCCAAUUUUCUUCAGGUCAACACUAACAAAUCUGAACUCCUUCUAGUAGGAUCUAAAACUCAACUUAAGAAUCUCAAUAUAGCUGCCCUGAACCUUAGAAACUGUCUGCUGCUGCCAUCCCCCACUGUACGAAGCCUUGGUGUACUUCUGGACAGCAACCUCUCCUUUGAUGCCCACAUCUCAUCUGUGGUCAAAUCUUCCUUCUACCACCUUCGAAACAUCUCCAAAGUCCGUCCCUACCUUUCCCUCCCGGAUGCGGAGAUCUCUGUCAUGCAUUUCUCUUCUCGACUUGACUACUGCAACUCUCUCUGUGGUGGUCUUCCGACACGCGCCAUCAACUGACUCCAGCUAGUUCAGAAUGCCGUCGCAAGGAUCCUUACCAGAUGUAAAAAACGUGAUGCUCUCACCGUCGCACGCUUUAAAUCAACUCUCAAGACCCACUUGUUCUCUCUUGCUUUCCAUGCUCUUUAAGCCUGAUAUCUGUUAUUAGCUGCUGUGUCUUUGCUACUUCUGAUUUUUCACUACAUCUUCUUAUGAUUCUAUAUGACAUAUGCAGCCACAAUGUUUUAGACUUUUCACAUCCUAGCCUUGUAUUUAUUGUAUUAUGCUUUGUUUUUCACUGUAAUUAAUGUAUUAUGUUUUUUUUUUUUUUUACUGUAAAUUGCUUUGUGAUGGUGGUCCAUUAUGAAAGGUGGUGUAUAAAAUAAAGAUUGAUUGAUAAAAAAAACUAGCAAAAACAAAUUAGAACUCGAAUUUACCUGUUUCCACUGGUAACUAUUUUUUUUUUCGCAACCAUAGCAACACUGUGUCAGUCACUUUUUUUUGUCUUACCACCAAACUUUAUGGACUCUUGUGAUAGAUAUCUUACUAGCUCUGAUAUUAUAUGUCAUAAAAUGAUUUUUACCACUGACUUUUUAAAUGAAAUAUGUAUUUAAGUAAUGUGAAUAAACCAUUUUAGGGGAAAAUGUGAAAUGUUAGCCACUACCUCCCCAGGUAACUGAAAGAAAAUGUAAA